AACGCUUGCCAUAAAAAUUUUUAUUCUGUUUCCAUCAGAAUAUUAAUUUUUUGGUCCUUGUAACUAUAAUACAUCUUCGUAUACGCAAUGAAAAUUAAUAAGAAAAGCUAACAAGAAAAAAGAUGGCGUUUCAAAAGAAAAUGAGAACGGUUUGUUAAUAGCCUGAGAAAUCACGUAAUGCUUCGCCGAAAAGAGACGACACUUUCGCAAACGACCAUUUGUUCACCGUUCCCUUAGUUGUUCGCUUGACAUCAUCUUCUUUAGUCGCAUCAUGUGGAAUCGCAAGGUGUUCAUUAGAAUAAUCGAAGUGCUCCUGUGCGUUGCCUGCAUCGUGGCGCUUAGGGUAACAGACGAUGAGGAAUUUUUCCUGCUUGGAUUGGGCGUGAUCCUCUUCGGGAUAGUCGGCGCCUUGUCUCUCGCAUCAAUCGACAGCGUUCCUGAGGAUCUGGUUGACAAUGCCGCGGUUUUAGGAGCGUUGUGCUUGCUCACAGCGUUGGUGUUUAUUGGAGAUUUGUUGAUGAGCCCGCCCCGCAAGAAAAACAAGCAGGACGAGGCACGAAUCAUUGAUAAAGAUUUGGGGAAGCGACAGGUGACACCAGUGGUGACUGCCGAGGAUACGAAGAAACCGACCGUCGUCAAGAUCCCCGAGGACGAGAACGGUCGCGUAAACGAUGCUUUCCAGAAAUCGGAUGAUCGUCGCUCCGAUCCUACGAGAUCGCAGCAGGAAUCACCCACCACCGUGCACCCGCGGGACGUCCAGGAUGAUCGCGAGCUCCGCGGUGAUCAGGAGCCACGGGAACGUGCACAGAAUUUCGAGAACGGCCGCGCUUAUCGCGACUUGCAGAAGUACCGCGAGAUCGAGGUGCCGCGUACGGUGCACGAUCCUGAUAGCAGGAUCGAGCAGUCCAGGAUAACAUAUAAGAGCCGAGACAUCUAUCAGCGGCCGAUCGACGAGAUCGACACACCGCGCUUUCCGACGGAGUACGAGAAGGGAGACCCGGUCUUCGCGAGGAUCGUCAAUCCGAGUGUGAAAAUCAUGAAGGUCGAACGAGACGCUGUCGAGGAGGCGCUCGACAACUACAGAUAUUCGGACAACAGCCAGUAUGAUAACGUGCCAAUCAGAAUGCGCGGCUCAUCGGGAAUCCUAAAGAGCCAUCAUCGCGACGUGUCCUUCAAUGUGCCACCUCCGCCUAAGGACUAUCGAUCUAGAAGAUCCAAAGAUGAGAUCGAGAUGUUAGAGGAAUAUUUUGGCGUACUGAAAACCACUGGCACGCAAACUUCAAGGACACCGUCCUCGCCGACGGAUCCAGGAUAUGUUCGACAUACUGCAAGUAACUGGCCGCAGGAGAUUCAGUCGAGUACACCAAAACCUAGCCCGGAACACAGUAGAGUUUAACCCUUUCAUACGCGGAUAUUUUUGGUCAUUUCAUUAAUUAUCUAUUGAUCUAUUGGCCAGCUUUAAUUCAGAAAGGAUAUCAAUUAUUUUUUUUAAUUAGUAAAAUUAUUAAUUAAAACUUUUUAGAA